AUGAUUACCAAGUACAUAGAUCAUGCCGGGGCGAGCCUUCCCUGGCUGAUUGGCCGCGGUGCCCUGAUCCUGGGGCACGCAUCUCCUGCUUCACAUUUAUCAGCCGCGAUGGAUGCGUUGGAUCGGUUUCGUGCUUGUCGGCUGGCCACCAUGUCGGCGGGUUGGGUCAAAGACCAGGAGCCUAUCAGUUGGUCGUCGCAGCACUGCCUUAUGGCGAAUGCCCAGGAUAAUGCUCAUCAGCGCGGCCCAACCAUAAGCUGGGCGGCGUCAGGUUCGCAUUUCUAUCCCGGGGACCAAAAGGUGGCUGUGCUCUGGGACGUCGAUUGCUUUGCUGGCGUUCGCAGCGUGGCUGGAGAAGACAUCGGGGAUCAGCAACCGCAGACCGUGACAGCCUCACUUCAUUACUCCACACUGAGCGCGAGAAUCCUCAAGGUCCGACCUAAAAUUGCCUAGGAAAGGGAAGUAGAAAUACAAAAGGAGGAGAAAAAAGAAAGAAGAAAAAAAAGUGAUGUGCCUAAAUAACCGGAGACAUUCGGGCUAUCCUCGUUAAUACCUACCUAAUUGCGCUAUGGUGUCCGAUCGUCCAUGUGCUCCAUCCACCUUAUCGGCCGGGUUUUCGAAAUCGUCGCCUUGGCCCUUCAACUUCCCCUGGCCACAUUAUCAUCACUUCCCCGCCUUGCUAUAUUUGGGAACCGACGUCAUUUACAACAAAGUGACCUUUGGUCGUCUCUGUUGAGUU